AUGGGUCGAUAUUGCAUUGGUUCCAAAUACCCGGACUGUGUUAUAUCGAUGACCAGCCUGCAGAACAAGGAAGUACCAAGCCGAUAUACUGGACCGCCAACACCCAUGCGCCGGACCGACUUACGCACUCGUCACCUGACUUUGUGUAACGUUGCUUCACGAGCAGAUACCGGUUUUCAUUGCGCUGUGCUCAUUUCGUCGAGCCUAUCAAGUACUUCACCGCAAUACCGGAGUCUUGCCCCAAAGCAAAUCACCACAAAAGCCUAUGCCUAUCGCCGAUACAAGUGGCCUUACGCUCAGUUCUAG